AACCAGAACAUUCCCUUCCUUGUUAGCAAAGUUCAUGGUGGCCCUGUCUGUCUCUGUCUGUCUCAUUCCACUAUAACAACUCCUGUCAUCCAUCUCCACCAGUACAUCUUCUAAAGGAAAAUGGAGUUGAUCUUUUCUCCCAUGUGGGCUUUUGCUUUGAAGUUGACAUUAUUAUUAGUAGCCAUGUCCGGUUUAUCAGGCAUCAUUUAUACAGAUACUUUUCUUUUUGUUACUUCACUGAUUUUGUUUUUUAACAAGUUGUUUUACUCUUUCUUUGUUUUUGCAGAUUGCUAUGACCCUUUGGAUCCCAAUGGGAACAUCACAGUUACUUUUGACACUCAUAAAUGGACAGAUGAUGGCUACGUGGCAAGGGUAACUAUCCAAAACUACUAUCAGUAUCGCCAUGUGGAGAAACAGGGUUGGAAGCUAGGAUGGACAUGGGCCGAGGAUGAGGUGAUCUGGUCAAUGAGUGGAGCCUUUGCGACCCAGCAAGGGAAUUGCUCAUCCUUCAUAUUCCAGACCCCACACUCAUGCUUGAAAAACCCUGUCAUAGUUGAUCUGGAGCCGACUGCUGCACCAGAAAACAUGACCGAGGACUGCUGCCAUGGUGGCAUUCUUUCUGCUUGGGCUAUCAUUCCUUCCAAUUCAUUCUCAUCCUUUGAGAUUAUGGUAGGAAACUUGGAGGGGAAUACUCAUGGCAACAAGCCUCUAAAUCUUACUCUAAUGGCACCAGGUCCUGGUUACACUUGUAGCCCAAUUGAGGAUACUGAUCCCACAGUUUCUUUAGUUAUUGGGGGGAGAAGAGAAAUCCAAGUUUUCAGAACAUGGAAAUCAACUUGCACUUACUCUACCUUUCUGUCCAACAAAGUGCCAGUUUGUUGUGUUUCACUCUCAACAUUUUACAGUCCCACCAUAACCACAUGCCCUCAAUGCAGCUGUGGAUGCAGAGAUGCAAACCCCAGUACAGAUUCAUGUAUUAGAGAAGGUUCCUCGCUAUCACAGUUGAGUUCUGGUAAACUUGACAUAGUCCAAUGCACUGACCAUAUGUGCCCCAUUCGAGUCCACUGGCAUGUUAAGAACAACUACAUGUCGCACUGGAGGGUGAAACUGACAAUCUCAAACUACAACCUCGCGAAAAACUACUCAGAUUGGAACAUAUUGGUUCAGCACCCUGGUUUCAGCCAGAAUACAACAACAUACAGCUUCAACAGCACAGCACUUCCCACUGUUGGGUUUGCAGAUGAGAUUGCUCUCUUCUGGGGAGUAACCUUCUACAACAAUGAGCUUUUGCAUGCUGAUGACAAGAAACUGGGCUCAGUGACAACAGAGAUACUUCUGGGCAAGGACUCAAACUCAUUCACGUUAAACGGCGGGUGGGCCUUCCCUCGAAGAAUAUAUUUCAAUGGUGAGAACUGUGAAAUGCCUCUUCCAGACACUUACCCUAUGCUGCCAAACGGUUCCUCAACUCAGAAGCUGACUCAUCCUCAGUUCUUCUUUCUCCUACUCUGUUUAACUGUCAAAGUUCUAGCUAUUUGGCUUUGAUGAAUAAGUUUUGCACCCCCUAUAUUCUCAAGUUGCUGUUAGAUGUACAUGAUUCCACAGAAAAUGGUGUAUGGAUUGCUCUGUUCUUACCUAACACUCUAAGAACUGAAUGCAUUUAUGCCAAUCCUGCUUCCCAUGAAGCUGAACUGUGAAUUCUUUCCA